AUGAUUCUUUAUUUGUUCGUCGCGGUGGGUUUGCUGUGGUUCGUGCUGUUCCGUUUGCGGAGGCAGCGGCUGUACGAGCUGGCGAACCAGGCUCCUCGGCCUGAGGGUGAGUUGCCGCUCAUCGGUCUCGCUCACCACUUUCUUGGAGACACAGAGGGAAUAAUGAAGUCUUUACAACAGUUGAGCUACGCCAGUAUAAAAUCUGGUGGGAUCAUCCGAGGUUGGCUUGGGCAUAUAUUGUAUUUCUUGGUGGUGGAUCCAGUGGACCUGGAAAUGGUCUUGAAAACCUGCAUGGAGAAAGACGACUUGCAUAGAUUUAUAAGACAUGUAAUUGGCAACGGCGGAAUUUUUGCUCCUGUGUCAAUUUGGAGAAGGAGACGAAAGAUAUUGCUUCCCGCAUUCAGUCCAAAGAUUGUGGAAACAUUUGUUGAGGUUUUCUCUGAACAAUCUGAAAAAAUGGCGAAGAAGCUUAAUGUGGCAGCCGAUAGUGGACAGUUCAGCCUGUGGCCGUUUUUAUCAUCUUAUACUCUUGAUUCGGUUUGCGAAACGGCAAUGGGCGUCAAAAUGGGAGCCCAAGAAAAUUCAGACUUGCCCUUCUUAACUCGCAUGAAUACAUUGUUGAACGUCGUGUGUGAACGGAUAUUCAAACUGUGGUUGCAGCCAGAAUGGGCCUUUAGGGUGUUUCCCCAGUACAGUGUCCAGAAACACUGUAUUGAUGUUUUACACGGAUUUACUGACGAUGUAAUAAAAAGGAAGAGAACGGAAUUGAAAAAUGAGAAGCAAUGUCAACCAGAGGCUGAUAAAAAUUUUGAUCUAGAAAACUACAGAAGAAAGAGUUUCUUAGACUUAUUAAUAUCAUUCUCCGGUGGUGAGAGAGGUUACACAGAUGUGGAAUUAAGAGAAGAAGUCUUAACAUUGACGGUAGCCGGUACUGAUACAUCGGCAGUCGCAAUUGGCAACACGCUGAAACUCUUAGCCAAAUAUCCCAAAUUCCAGGAGAGAUUGUUCGCUGAGAUUCAAGAAGUAUUCGGUGAUUCCGAUCGACCAUUAGUAAAAGAGGAUCUUAAUAACUUAAAGUUUUUAGACCGAGUCGUUAAGGAAACACUUAGAUUGUUUCCACCUGUUCCGUUCGUAAUAAGAAAAGUCCUAACCGAUACAAAGCUACCUUCAGGCUACAUCCUUCCUGCGGGUUCAGGAGUAGUGGUAUCAAUUUGGGGAGUACACAGAGACCCCAAAUAUUGGGGACCCGAUGCUGAAAAUUUCGAUCCCGAUAGAUUCUUGCCAGAGAGAUAUAACAUAGCUAAUUCUUGUAGUUUUAUGCCUUUUAGUAAUGGACCCAGAAAUUGUUUAGGUUAUCAGUACGCAUUGAUGUCAAUAAAAACAGCCGUAACUGGCGUGGUAAGGAAUUACAGAGUGAUAGGUGAAGAGGAGAAGACUCCAACACCACAUAUGCGGGUAAAACUGGACAUCAUGAUGAAGGCGGUAGAUGGGUAUCAGGUCGCACUAGAAAAGCGUAAGAACCUGGUACAAUAG